CACGUGGGUUUUGAUAAAAUUAUUUUUCUUGUUUACAUUUUUUAAAAUUUAUUUGUCUUUUUAUACUAUUUGAAUAAAAAAUUAAUACUUACUCUAUUAUUUACUCCAUAAUAAAUGAUGUUAUGAACACAAAAUUCAAAAUAAAAACUAAAUAAUAGAACGCGUUUAAGAAUUUAUAAAUUCAAAUUUAUAACCAAACAAUGAUCGGUGAUUAUUAUAAUUUUGUAAUAAAUUUAAAUUAUAAAUUAGAGGUACUGUCAAAAUAUUAUUUAUGAUGAUAUUUAAAAUCCAAUUGCAAUUAUUUGUAAUCAAUGGAAAGAGAUUUAAGUUUAAUUGGAUUAAAACUAGAAAAUUCCAUAAUGAUAUUGGUGACGAAAUACCGGCAACAUCAGUAGGACAAAUACGCAAAGUGUUGAGAUUAAAAAAUAUAGCAAUCCAAGAAAGUCAUGCCUGUAUUGCUAUCAAUUGUCCGAUUUGUAAACCACAAAAGUCUAGUGAAUUUAAAGUAUUUGUAAAUAAAGCGACAGGAUAUUUUAUGUGCCAAAAUUGUCGCUGUACUGGUACCUGGGAUAAUUUGACACAAUUUUUAGACUCAAAAAAAUCAGACGAUUUGGAAAAACUAAAAAAUAAUCUUCCUAUCGAAAAUGAUUUCACAGAAGAAUGGGAGACAGUUAAAAAUAAUUGCCAAAGUAUUUCAAAUAUUUCUGAAAAAGAGUACAAUAAUAUCAUCAGUAAUUAUGAAUUACCACCUGUAACGCAAGGGCAAAUGAACCAAUUAGACUGUCACUAUGACAAAACAUCUUCAACACUUUAUUUCCCAUUAGUAGGACUUGGUAACCGGGUAUCAGGUUUUAAAAGUCUCUCUGCAAGUCCGGUGCUCGCAGAAAAAACGACUCCCAGUUCAAAUGCCCACGGGUUAAUAAUUUACAAAGAAAAGAAAAUAAAAAAUGAAAGUACUGCUGUGAUAGUUCCGAGCAUUGAAGAUUUAUUGGCAUUAAUAUCAGAAAAGGCUGGCAAUGUUAUUUGUUUGCCUUAUGGUCUUAAAAAUAUGCCGUUACAAAUCCUACCUCUACUAGAAUCCUACAGAAAAUUGAUUCUUUGGUUCGAUAAUGACUCAGCGAGCUGGGAUUCAGCGAGACAUUAUUCGAAAAAAUUAAAUGAAAAACGCUGCUUCUUUGUGAGACCAACUAAUCAGCAACCGAGACCUACAGUUGCUGCUAAAAGGGGGCAUAAUUUGAAGAAUAUCAUUUCUGGAGCACAACCAAUAUGGCACAAAAGUAUCACGACUUUUAAUACACUGCGAGAAGACGUGCUGAGUGAUUUGCAAAAUAUAGAUAAAGUCCAAGGAGUAAAGUGGACGAGGUAUCCAGCAUUAAAUAGAAUAUUGAAAGGACAUCGUCGUGGAGAAUUUACUGUACUUACUGGACCAACUGGCUGCGGAAAGACAACAUUCAUGAGCGAAUAUUCCCUAGACCUAGCGAUGCAAGGUGUAAAUACUCUGUGGGGUAGUUUUGAAAUCCGCAAUGCAAGACUUGCGAGGACGAUGCUCCAGCAACUGGCCGGAGUUCCAUUGGAUGAAAAUCUACAGAAUUUUGAUUCCUACGCAGACAUAUUUGAAAAACUUCCUAUUUACUUUAUGACCUUUCAUGGCCAGCAGGGUAUAGACGUUGUUAUGGAGGCCGUCGAACAUGCUACCUACGUCCAUGAUAUUGCUCAUGUUAUAAUUGACAAUGUGCAGUUCAUGAUGGGCAUGUCUGAGCAAUCAAAACACCUCGACAGAUAUUGGAGACAGGAUAUGAUUGUCUCACAGUUUAGAUCCUUCGCUACUAAAAGCAACUGUCACGUCACUCUAGUUAUUCAUCCGAGAAAAGAACGCGUUGAGGAAGAACUCACAACCGCCUCGAUUUUCGGUGGUGCCAAAGCUAGUCAAGAAGCUGAUAACAUUCUUAUCAUUCAAGAUAAAAGAUUAACAAGUGUUAGAGGGAAAAAAUAUUUACAAAUUGCAAAAAAUCGAUACAGUGGUGAUUUAGGAAUAAUGAAUUUAGAAUUCGACCGUACAAGUUUAAGUUAUCAACAAAAGAAAAAACAAAAAACCCAAGAAACUCCAAAGGAACCUGCAGAAAAUUCAAAUGAUUAAUUUUAAUUAUUAAUCACCUGACAGUAGUUAUUGUAAAAAAAAAAAAAAAAAAAAAAACAAAA